GUCACGGGAAUCCCCCAAAAUUUCAGCUCCGGAUGUGGGACGCGUCCAGCUCCUUAAUUCCCACCAACACGUUGGACCUUGGGCGUGAAAUCACAGGUGUGACGACACCCUUAAGAGCGCGGGAGCAAACAGGCAAUUUUGUGAUCCGAUGACGGUUUUUGACGACGCCGUGCCGAGCCCGGCCCACCCAGCCGACAUGUCCGCACAGGAAGAACAAGACGAGGGGCAGAAGUUGCGGAUGCGGCCCUGGUUAGAACAGCAGCUCGACAGGGAAGAGUAUCACGGCUUCUGCUGGCUGGACAAGAAGGAAAGAAAAUUCAAGGUACCCUGGAUCCAUGCCUCCAGUCAGCACUUUAACCACAUGAAACACUCAGCAGUCUUCAAGGCUUGGGCCGUCCAUACAGGCCGGUUCGACCCUGAUAAAUCCGACGAGUCCUACGAGAAGGUGAGCCUGUGGAAGACGUGGAAGGCGAACUUCCGCUGCGCGCUGAACUCCCUGCCUGACGUGGUGGAACUGAGGGGAGAGAACUGCAAGGCGAAGGGAGAGGCGGCCUACAAGGUGUACAGGAUCGUCGACAGGAAACCCAAGCGCAGGAAGUCCAGAGGCGCCCAGUCUCGCCCAUCGCAGCCGGCCGUGCACCACAAGACCGGGCGGGUCGAGAAGAGGAGAUCAGCUCCCGUAAAAAACUGCCGACAGCACAGAGGGAAGCAGUUGGCUGCUCUCGAGAGGCAGACCCGUGAAGAAGCGCCAUCUUUCGGAACCACCGACCAGUGCAAGUCGGAGAAAUUACCUUCCGACCACGCGAACUACACCAAGUCAGAUGGCGCCGAAGGUUUACUGCCCUUCCCUCCCAGCGCGCCGGAAGCCUGCCACCGUUCCCCCGGCCCUGGACAGCUCACGUGUCCCACCAUCCCAUCCAGCGCGCCCGAUGCCUGUCACCAUUCCCCCGGACAGCUCACCUGUCCCACCUUCAGCCCGCUAACCCGCAUCAAGACAGAGUCUUCAAGUGACGACGGACUGAGCGACAGUGAUAGCAACAGUGACAUCAGCGACAAUGCGCCUACAGACGAAGAAGUAGUUGAGGACGUACUGGGACUUGAAGAAACCCACAGCAACAGGGGCAACAGUCCCGCCCGGGACGGCACAGAUCUCGAAGACACGUCCUUUCCUCCUAACUCCGGCUUCCUCAGUCAUUGGACCCCUAGCGGAAACAUCGCGAACAACGGCUGGCUGGGAUCGACUCCGCCCGAGCAGGCCUUCCAAAACACCGCGGUGUCUUGUGCGUCGUCCUCGGCCAACGUCGCUACCAACCCCGCCGUCGUUGUCCAGCCUGCCCGCUCGCUCGAUCCCCUGACUCCGAUCAACACCGACAGCUUGCUGACAACUUUGGGGAUGGACGAAUCCUCCAUGAAGGAAAUCAUGAACAUCCUGCUCAAAGCAAAGACGACACCUACCGGGCAGGCGGGGUACUCCACAGCGCUGACCACCACUGCCAGGUUGAGCGUACAACAGUCUGUGAGUUUUGGAGGAGUGCCCAACACGGUCCAUAUGAGCAACGCCCCAACAACAGGGCCCGCACCCAUGCAGACUUCAACCGCCUCUACGGUCCAAGCCCCACUGCCCAACUAUUUCCACACCCAAGGUGUCUCGAGUACAAUGAACCCCUUCAACGGUGUGGUUCCCGUAACGUCGGCCCCCACCCAGCCACAGUCACUUCUACACAGCCUUGUGCAGGGAGGUCCCACCAAUAUCAUCACAUCUACAACUGUUAGCGGGUGAGCCCCUCCGAACCGAAAUGGAAUGAGCCACUAUUGAGGAAUUGAACAAUACUCAGAACUGUAUGAUACCUGGGCGGUAUCUACAUUCCAUAUUGGUGCCCCUACCAGUCCGAAUUCAACAGUACGGCCUGGGGCUCAAUACUUAGAUUUGAACAGUUUGAACUCGCUGCUGUCCAAAAUUUGAACAUGUACAUGUAGCCGUUCAACUGUUUGCCCGGUUCUUUUGUUCUAACCGACGAAUCAAGUUGUUGACGCAAUGUGCAUCUUUUGCUCUUUUAGCCAUAAACUUGAGUUUGCUUGGGUUGGCAUGAUGUAAAUAAAUUACAACACGGUAUUCCGUAUAUCGCCCUUGGUCCUGGCCCUAACUCCAAGUCAGGCCGCACCUCGGGCGAUACGGAAUACCCGGUGUUAUAUUCAAAAUAUACUUUCUGUACACAAAGUUUGUGAUAAGACUUUAAAAGUCAGUAAUAAUUGUAUUAGAUAUGGCCAGUCUCUUCUGUAAAACUGCCAUUAUUUUAAAUACAGGCUUACAUUACAGUCCGUUAUGUAUUUUUGUGUGUGCACUUUCUAAACUAUUUGUUAUAACGUUAAGAGCCUAUGACUAUAACAUAGCUGUUGCUACAUGUAUUUGAUACAUGUAGCCAAAGAAAACUACAUACAAACAUACAAGUUGGGCUAACUACUGUAUAAAGUCCUGCAUGCUGCGAUUGCAUGAAGAUAAGAGUGGUGGUGACAAUAUAUGCAAGGAAAAACUACUCACAAAGUCUUGUGCCUAGAUGCAACUUUCUGUAAGUACCAUGUACAGCAUGUAUAUCAUUACGUUGUUAUUGUUGAUCAACUUAAUGUACUAUAUAUCUAACUGAACAGUGCCUAUAGUAUUUCAUAGGCACCUUGUGUGUGAUGUUCAAAACGCUGACCACUGUGUGGCAUGUACAUGAGCUAAAGCAUUGGUUCAAAUGUACUUAAUUUGAAUAUAAAAAUCCUGAUUCUUGUAGGAUUACGAGUUGAUUGUUGAUAGUGAACUUUAAACUUCAUGAACUUAUAUUGGUUACAAACAACAUGCAUUCCAAAAAAAUGACACUAAGUUGGAAGUCACAAUUUUCUGUAAUACAUUUUUCAGCUACAUCAUACUAUAGUUUAUGCAUGUAUAUACAUUGUACAACUUACAUCCUCUAUAAGAAGCAUUAUUCCAUGUUCUUGAAUCUUGUAAAUACAUUGCAAGUCCAUUUAUGGAACAGACAACUGCUGCCUACCCAUGUCGAGGACCCCAGCAGCAGUAUAAUCAAAUACUGAAUACUACUAGCACUAUGGGAGGUUUAGCUAUUGUACAUUUUCAAUAUCUUACAAAGAUUUCAAAGCGUUCACAAUAUUUCAGGUGAUAAAACUGGACUAAGUCAGAAAAUCUAAAUUUGAAUCCUGUAUAUAUCUAUCUAUCUACCUUGGUGGAGCUUGUGUUCAUUGUAUACUCAGGACUUGGUUGACUUCAUUGUAUUUUUCAAAGCACAGAAUAAAGUUCUCAAUAUCACA